AUGGCUGCUGCUGCUUGCGGGCCAAACGGAGCUGCUGCGGCGCUGCUGCGCCGCAGCUUUCCCAGGUUUCACUUUUCAAUUGCGCCUUUGCAGUCGUUCAGUCCGACGAACCCGCAGUUCCACCCCCCGGGGGCGGACUGCGGCGCGAAGCGGCCGUGGCAGGGGAUGGAUAUGCGCAAAAUAAACACUCCCAAGUACAUUAGUCCGAACAUAAAAAGAGUUCCGAUGACUUCUGGAUACCAGUAUUUGAACUUCACGACUCCGUCGAUCUACGCGCCGACGCAGGCGGACAUCGCCGUCUUCUUCGACACCGAAAACUGCUUCAAAGUCUACACCCCCAAACAGCUUUUGCUCGCCGCCUGGCCCCAACUUCGUUUUCUUUUGAUGUCUCUCUUGGCCGUGGCCUUUCCCUCCAUUCCAAUUCUCCUUUUUGUCCUUUACAUGAACAGGUUCGAACCCAUGGAGCAGGUCAUGGACCGCGACGAGUACUGGCGGCACUUCAAGUGGCACUACUUUGGCCCCGACCUGGACCACCACGCCUACACCCAAUACCUCGAGGCCCGCAGAGCCAAAAAGUGGAGAGGAGUUGACGUCAACCCCGAGGACUAUAUUCCCCCCCAAUACCGAAACCUCUAA